UAUUUUUCAUGGCGUAAACUUUCCUGCAGACGGACCUGUCAUGAAAAAGGAGACAACUGGCUGGGACCCGUCCUUUGAGAAAAUGACUGUCUGUAAUGGCUCUCUGAAGGGUGACGUCGCUAUGUUCCUCCUACUCAAAAAUGGAGGCUAUCACAGAUGCCACUUCAAUACAACUUACAAAACAAAGGAGCCGGUCUCAUUACCACCCAACCAUUGUGUGGAACAUCGUAUUGUGAGAACUGACCUUGACAGGGAGGGCAACCUUGUCAAGCUUGAGGAAGAUGCUGCGGCACAUGUUAACCCAUUGCAAGAUCAUGGAAACGUGCUAAAAAUCAGAGUUUCUGACAAUACUUUAAAAGCAUUGUAACGCGAGUGAGAACAGAAGGAUAAUAAAGUACCAGUGAAAU